AUGUUGGAUCAAGAAAGUGAGCUUUUGUUCGCUACAAAUAUUUCGAACGAUCAAUCAAGUCUUUUAAUCAAUUUGAUAUUACUCAAGUCAAUAAAAUUACACCAAUAUACAACCAAAGCGCCAAAAAACGACUCAUUAAACCACGACAAUAAAAACCUACAUCAGUUGACCCACCUUAUAGACACACUUGUUGCUUUGACAAAGCAUCCAGAUAUCAUAAAGUCACAUUUCAACUGUCCAACUAUUAUCAAGAAGCUAUUAAUAGCACUUGACAACAUCGCAGAUGUUUUUGUUCUACAGUGUAACUUGUCCUCACUAAGUGCCUCCCUGCUUCUGACCUCUCCAUACUUGGCGUCCCAUUCCGCCUAUAUACCAAAACCCAAUAAAUCAUUUCCAAAAGAACAAAACCCAAUAAAGAUCCCCUUGUUUGGUUGGGCCGCGACCACAGGACACACAGAGAGUCAUGACUUUAAAAUCUUGGGUGCAAAGCUAUGUUUAAUCAUAUCUAAUAUUUUAUUAAUUAACAAAGAUGUUUUUGAAAAGUUCAACCUAUUGGACAUUGUCAAUAUGGACACUGGGCAUUUCCAAAGACAGGACAAGCCCAUAUUAGAUGAUCUAGAUAUUCAGAAAAUUUUUCAAACUUAUAGAUCUGCAUUCUAUCCUCAUAAGUUAUUACUUAAUAUUCUUUUGUUAAUGGAUGUACUCAAAAUUUCAAAUGGUAUCAAGCCGGCUCCUCAUUCUCUACUGCCAACAAGGAAAGAAAGAUCCCCAUUAAAUGUCCCUGACUUACCGUCAUCAUCCAUUGAUCCUCAGCUGGAAAAAUAUAAGUACCUUAUUGCCCCAACCAGACUUUGUUUCUUGAUUUUUUACAAAAAAAUUCCCCAAUACCACAGGAAAGUAAGGAAUUUUGAUCUAAUGAUUAUUAAGCUAAUCAAUAUUGUCAUCGAGAGUAUCAGAAAUAUGUUAUGGUGCUACUUCAAGCAAGAUAAUUCAGCCAAACAAGAAUCAUCUGGAGGGAAAGCGAAUGGGAGUGAUAUCAAUCAAGAUUUAAUAAUUGAAUUAUUGAAAACCUUGUAUGUCUUAUUACAUAAUUAUAAGCAAAAUAUUGAUUUCAAUACUGGGGAAAUGUUAAGUGACUCUACGGCUGGCAGUGAAGAAAAGAAUUCAAGAAAGUCAUCUUUCUUCAUUGAUCAGAUACUGAAUGUCUUGUCUUUGCAGGAGCAAAGAAAAAUUGAUUUCAAUAAUUUGCAUAUAUUGAUAAUAUUUUUGUCGAAGUUGUUGAGCUUGGAUAAGAAAUUUCCUAUAAAUAAAGUUACUACUAUGGCUAAAGCGAAUGAAGAGGAUCAUUCAUCAGAGCAGGAAUUGUGGACUAACAAUGUUGAUUUCUCAAUAUCUUUCUAUAAACAUUUCACAAAUCUUUUGCUUGCUCUCCCUUUCAAGUUUUAUUGCAAUUUCUUCUUCAAAAGUCAAAAUGUCAAGAAGAAAGACGAUGAGACUGACAAGAUCCCAAUAAUGAAGACAAUUUUUGAAUACUACUCCAUCAAACCUAUAAAAAUCUUUGAGAUUGUCAUGGUUGGAUAUUUUGGAGUGAUUUCUUAUGAGUUAUCAAACUCAAAUUUGGGUGUCCGGCACCAGCCGCAAAAUAUGGCCCCAGUCCCUGAGCAUUCAGAAGGUGAGCCUAUUUUGUUAUCGACAAAAUCAAAGAAAGAAAGGAAAAUAUUGAAUGUCAUUAAAGAUUCUGCUAUAAUGAAUAUUAAACAUAACACCAUUGCGUCUGAUGCGUCUGCUGAAUCAAUCGGGAAGAAAAAAAUUGCUGGUGAUAUCAAGCCCGAAAAUGUAAAUAUCAUAGACUCCAUUACCCAAAUGAACUGUGAAAAUUUCAUGUUGUUUCUUACGCUAGUGAAUUUUUUUUUGAAGUAUAAGAACUUCUUGAAAGACAACAUCAACAAAUUGAAAAAGCAGAUUCAAUACAAUCAGAUUAAGUACACUAAGAUAAGGGAUAAGGCAAAACUGGUUAGGAGCAACAGCUCUAAUGAAAAUAAUGAAAAAUUGAUUGAUAGUAUCCAAUUUGAAAAAUCAUUAGAGUUUUUCCAAAAGUUGAACUUCGUUACCGAGAUCUCAGAUUUUUUUGAAAAAUUUCUAUUGCCAGGUUCUGCUUCCAAUGUAUUAGAUAGCGAUAUCCCAGGAAACUCAAGAAAAAAUAGUGUUAAUAGUACAAGUGAAAGUCUUCAUAUAAAUUUGGAUCUUUUUCUUUUCCGCAACAUACAAUCUUUGACCCAAAUUAGGGAAAACGAGACCAAAGCUUUAUCUGCCAUGGAUAUUAAGACCAACAGUCUUAAUUUAAAUCAAAAAAACUCUAAUUUAAGUGACUGUGCAAUUUUAGAUGACGAAGAAGACAAUUAUGGUAACAAUAGCUCCAAUAUAGACUUUGAUGCUAUGGCUAAUGACCGCUCAUUUGGUGAUGAUGAGGACUUUAAUGUGUUGUUCAAAAAUACAACAAAUGAUGCCGACAAUGAAGCGAAAAAAACUUAUUUUAGUGAAAGUGUGAAGGAUCAUAGACUUAAUAAGCCUGUGCAUGUUAUUAGGAAUAUAAUUAUGAAAUCUUCUUCAAGGCCACCCAAAAAGACAACUUUACUGGAUUAUUCAGCCACUCAAAAGUGUUCUCAAAGACCGAAUUAUGAACACAGCCAAAAUGUGAAUCGACAUGGACAUAGCCACAGUCACAGUGACAGCAACAAUGACAAUUUUGAUACUUCUCAAAAUCAUUUCUCAAUGUUCGACUACAAUAAAUCAAUUCCACCAAGUCUAAGGGAUACUCCGGUCUCAUCAUCAAACAUGCCACAUCAAAAACUACCCAAUUUGAGAAAAUCAAAAUCAACUGGGAUUUUGCGGUCCAUACAAACUAAAAUUUUGGUCAGUAAUGUGAGCGAUAGAAGGCAGAGUGAGCAAAUUGAGACUUUUUCAUCAUCCAUAAGCUCUGGGAGAAAAAUAUCGAGAGUUGAUAGGGGAAAUGAAGCUUUGAAUCAACCGACCACUCCGAAUGCAAACUUAUUAUCUGAUAAUGCUGUUUUCAUGAAUAAAAAUUCUGGUAUAUGUUUUACUAAUGAGAAGGAGGAAAUUACUGAUAUCCAAGACACGGAAAAAGGUCCUAGAAGGGAUUUAGAAGGGAGAAAAAAAAGUGCGACUUACUCAGGGGGACACAAAACGCUAACUGGAGGUCCUACGCCGUUCAAAAAAUUUGGGUUAAGCCCUAGAAAAUCCUUUCUGAAUUUGUACAGUAAAUACGCAGCACUGGUAUCUCCUUCACCUCGCCUGCCUCCGCCACCACCCCUUCCUCCAUCUUCUCAUGUUCUGCAUUUAAUUUCUGGGCAAGCGAAUGGUGAAGAUGUGUAUAUUACAGAGGGGGCUUCCGCUACUGAUCGUAUUCGACUGCCAAAGAACCAUCAGUUUGUUAGAAAUUCUAAUUCUUUACCAAAAGAACCUGGUUUUAUUCACUUGAAAGUUCCGUCUUCUUUUGCUCUCUCUGAUCCUUCUGAUAUAUCGAAUGAAAAGGUUAAGAAAGCACCCCUUUCCAAGAUGAAGCAGUCGAAAAUUGAAUUACGUGAGCUAUUGUUGAUUUUGGCGUGCUCUGUUGAGGACCCAAACAAAACGUUAUUGAACAACUCUGAAUUAAUUUCUACUGGAGUUUCUCCCUCUACUGAUGGGGAUGAAUUUGAAGAUUCUUUGAAAGCACACCAAAAAAUGUUGUUGGACGAAAGUAAUUGUUAUAAACCGUUAAUGAAAUGCUGCAAGAACCCAUUUGUUAACACAUCAAUCAAGAUGAUGAUAAUUCAAAUUUAUUUUAAUUUGAUAACGGAACAUACAGAUUUGCCGAACAAAUUGAAUCAAAACUCAAUGAAGGAAGAGCAAAAGCUUGCAAAGAAUCAAAAAUUGGAUUUCAAUUUGUCUGAUAAGCAUUCAUUUGCAAAAUCAGGGACUUUUCUGGGAAAUAUAGAUGAAUAUUCGGAAAUCUCCAAGAUCGACACAAAUUUCGGCUUACACGGGGCUUCACUCCAUAAUACUAACACAUUCGCGUCACCAAAGACAGGAUUCUCUUCUCAACGAGUUAGUAUGAUUUCGAAUAUUGAUGAUUUGACAAAAAAAUCCUCCACAAUUAAUGACUUUUUCUUGAAGUUCCAAAAUUUAAAAAGUCUUCAAAAGUUUCUAUUUAUCUUUUUGGGAAAUGAUUUAUUUUAUCUAAUAUUCAUGUUUUUCCAAAAUAAUCAUAUAAUUGACGUGAAUGAAGAAGAACUAAGGAUUGUUACUGAAUACUUACACGCUAUUAGCAAAAGCAGGAAGAAAGAAUUUCCACAAAUUGGAUCAUCUAGACUCCAGAAAGAACAUUAUAAUUCUGCAAUCUCAGCCAUCAAGUUGAGGCAAUCCUCUGUAUCUCUGAAUUCCAAUCUCAAGGGGGUAAAUAUGGACGCUGAAAAGGAUUCAGCUGCGAAUAACAUUGAUAAUAUUUUUGAGUCCCAUGAUUUAGAUUUUUAUGCUGUAUCGGACGAUGAAAAUGAGUUUAUCAAAGAUCUGCUGCAUGGGUAUGCUGCUACCGAGGAAGUAAUUCAUUCUUCAAAGAAAGAGAGUGAUAAUUCUAUAACUGAUAGCAAAGAAAUUGAAGUAUAUCUGACAGAAGAAAAUGUUUCCAAGCUGAGAAGCAAUUUGGGCAGUUUCAGUUCCAGAUCAUCGCAGAUUGUCAGUAAAACUAAAAGUUUUCUAGCAUUUCGAAGCAACAGUUUUGUCUCUGUUAGUACUUUCAGUUCUAAUCAAAAAAGUUCAAAAAACAAUAAAAAUAGAAGCCAUUCUGCUGUGGUAAAUCAAGAAUGGCCUGGAAGAGUGCCUAUUUCCGCCCCAGUAUCACAAUCCCUGGUAAUGUUUGACCGUGCCGCCGGUUCCAAAUUUGAUAACUUUUCAUUUCAAAACAAACAAUCUAGGCAUACUGAUAUUUCUGAUGGUCAUCUGAAGCCUUUGAAUAUUGGACCAGUGUCACCAAAUGAAUCAGUUACUGUUGGUUCUGGCUUGAAGAAAUCAUUUAAUGAUAUUGAUGAUAGUGUUGAUCCAAUGGCACUUAUCGGAAAUGACGGUAAGAAUUUUCCAGACAAUUCUGGUGAUAUAUCACCAAAUAUAAAUAUGUUUCACGCUAAUUCAGGUGAUGAAGAGGAUGAAGAUGCAUCUAAAUUGUUAGCUGGCCCUAAUAAAAGUGUUGUUAUGGAAUCCUUUGACCCAUUUAAUGCCGCAGGCCAUAUUGAUGAAGGCGGGAGCACUCCACAAAGACACCCUGAAUUGCGUAUAGAUUCCAUUGCUGAAACAUUGAUUCCGGAUACUGGGGAUGAGAGCAAAUUCGGCUCGUACAAUAUAUCUGGUGAGUUUGUUCCUCCUAAUUUUUGCCAAUCUUCUAGAUCCAGUUUAACUUCGACAGAGAAAUAUCAAGAAGCGGAGAAAUUCUUCAACAUAAUUGAAAAAUUGUCAAAGAAGUGA